AUGAGUAGUACUAAUUAAUAAUAAGAUAAGAAAUAGACAUGCCAUGGAUGUUGCUUACAUAAUGAUUAAAAUGAAUUCACUUUCUUCGAUAAGUGCGGGGAUGAUGAAGAUGCUGGUAUCGAUAGACUCCUUUAAUACAAUUAGAAGUGGGCUGAAUAGAUUUUAACAUAAGAUCCUACAUUUUUUACUGAGCUAGCAAAAAAAUAAACUCCUGAUUAUCUUUGGAUUGGUUGCUCAGAUAGUCGUGUUCCAGUUGAGAAAUUAGUCGGUCUUGGCCCUGGAGAAGUUUUUGUUCAUAGAAAUGUUGCAAAUUAGGUUAUCCAUACUGACUUAAAUUGCUUAUCAGUUAUUUAAUAUGCAGUAGAAGUACUCAAAGUCAAGCACAUUAUUAUUUGUGGUCAUUAUUAGUGUGGUGGCGUUGCUGCAGCUUUUGAUAAUCCUUAACUAGGUUUAAUUAAUAAUUGGAUCUUACAUAUUCGUGAUAUUUAUAUUAGAUAUAAGAAACAAUUACAUGAACUUCAUGAUCGUGAAUUGAUUUUAGAUAAGCUUGUUGAGCUUAAUUUAGUUUAAUAAGUUUAUAAUAUUGGUAACUCUACCAUCCUUCAAAGUGCUUGGGAAAAAGGCUAAGAAGUUACCAUCCACGGGUGGAUUUAUGGUCUUAAGGAUGGCAGAGUUAAAGAAAUCGAUUAUGCUGCUAACUCGAAAUAAGUGUUUGAAGAAGUCCAUGACAAAGUUAUUUCAAGAUUACUUUCCUAGAUUUCCAGCUAAGCUAAACACAAGCUAUAUUAAGAUAUUUUUUAAGAAAAAACAUCUAAUUCUGACAGCAGCUUGACUGAAACAAAAGAUAGCAUAAACGAAUGCUGUUGA